AUGACUCAAUUCCUUCCUGACAAUUUGCUUGGAUUGUUCGCGCCACGUGCUCCUAUUCAAUAUAAACCACCGCCUGAUGACCUUUUUAUCAAUCGAAAACACAUUCCAAUAAAUGGAGUUGCUGAAUAUGUUCAACAAUUUGAGGACCCAAAAGACACUCCACCGAAGGUUCGCAUUGAAACUCGCGAUGAAAAACGGAUUCGCAAAAGAAAGGAGAGGCAAGAACUUAUGGCAUAUAAGAUUGAGCAAGGAAUUGCUACAUGGACACCCGCAGAUAAUCCUAAAGCCACUAGUGAUCCAUACAAAACGCUUUUCAUUGCUAGAAUUAAUUAUGAAACGUCGGAAAACAAAUUACGUCGUGAAUUUGAAAAAUAUGGCAAAAUCAAAAAGGUAGUAUUGGUGCAUGAUAAGACUGGAAAGCCUCGCGGUUAUGCCUUUAUUGAGUAUGAACAUAAGUCGGACAUGUCGGGUAAAAUUUAUUUUUUGUUGGCUCUUUCGGGUUCUUUAAACAUUUUUGAAAAGUCAAAAACGGCGCAGCGGUAAGAUGGUUUUUUCGAAAACAAAAAUUUAGUCUUUUCUCUUUUAAUUUUGAUUUUCGUUAUAUUGCCCCAAAUUUGCAGCGUUUGGGAAACGAGAGCCAAUCUCUCGAUGGGAAAUAAUUUGAUUCUCAGUUCUUUUAUCAAUUCACUGAGUGCGUAG